AUGGCGUCGGCGUCUUCUGAAAAUGAGGGUGACACGUUCAACAAUCUCUUGGACGAUUUGGUAUGUCACAUACUAUCCUUUUUGCCAACAAAAAUGGCUUACAGAACAUGUGUUCUAUCUAAAAGAUGGGCAUUGAUUUGCACCAAGAUCCUCGACUUUCACUUCAUUUUACCAAAGAUUUCAGACCCUACAUCGUCCCGAGAGAUCCAAUCUGUAUAUGCAGUUUUCUUGAGACGCGAGAAUCAUAUAAGAAAACUAAUGCUCGAGAGUGACAAUGGCUGCCAACCACCUGAUGUAUACCACUGGGUCUUAAAGGCAUUAGAUCUCAAUGUCGAGGAACUUCAUUUGGAUUUGAAUCUUGUUCGACCAAGUUUCUUGCCACGCAAGCUUUCUACAUUUGAAUCACUCGUUGUCUUGAAACUGACCGGGAAUAUUCAACCGAAAUUCAGUUAUUGUUCUAAAGUAUAUUUUCCGAAACUAAAGAUUCUUCAUCUCCGGUUUCUUGGUAUCAAGUGUUUCCAGCAUCAAGUUGAGUUUACUCUCUUUCCUUUUCUAUCUGGUUGUCCGCUUCUUGAGGAAUUUCUUUUACACGACGUCCUUGUGAAUCAAUCCAUCAAAAUCUCUUUUCCAUUAUUGAAGAGAUUAAUUCUUCUUUUGCGCAAGUCUCCUUAUGUUCCCGGCGACAAAACACUUCAAAUUAAUGUCCCAUCCUCACUUGAAGUUCUCAAUAUUUUUGAUACUUGUAGUACUCCCAUCAAAUACGAGAGUAUAGAUUUCUUCAAUGUUGAUCAAGCUACCAUUUACAUCAAUAAGCAUCCAGAUUUUGAUAGUUUGUAUCAGCUCUUGAAAGGAAUUUCUAAAGUCAAAUCAUUGAAUCUUGGUAUAGCAACAAUUAGGUUUCUCAGCAUGGAGGAUAAUCUCGAAAAGCUAAGCCGUCUUCCCACUUUUUCCAAUCUAUUAUUUUUUGAGGUUCAUAUAUCUGAGAAUUGCAAUUGGAAUAUGCUCGUUAGUUUUCUUCGAAACGCUCCUAAACUUAAGAGUCUUGUCAUUGAGAAAAAUUGUGAGAUUAAAAAGGAUGGAAAUUCGGGUUGGAUUGUACCAGCCGAAAUUCCAACAUGUCUUUCAACGAGUCUUAUUACAUUUGAAUUUAGAGGAAUUCAAGACAUGGAAACUGAGUUGGAGUUUUCGCGAUAUAUCAUAAAUGAGUCAAGUAAGUUAGAGAAGGUGAAGAUUUUUGCAACAAAAGGAUUGAAAAGAGUAAGAAAAAGUUUACGCAAGGGGUCAAGGAAAUCAGCUGCACUAAUAUUGGAUAUUAGUUCUAGCUCCCUAGGGAUUGAGUUGAAAAAGCCGCAACUUUCACUCUUUCCGCAACAAGAGUUGUUUCAAUGGCUUCUGAAAAUAGGAAGCUUUGUGCAACCUACUAUUCCACACUUUGACGGGCACUAUGAUCAUUGGAUUAUGUUGAUGGAAAAUUUCUUGAAAUCCAAAGACUAUUGGACACUUGUGGAAACUGGCAUCAUCGUACCAGAAAAUGAAUCUGCUUUGACAGAAGCACAUAAAAAGACAUUGAAUGAUCAAAGAUUGAAGGAAUUGAAGGCAAAGAAUUAUUUGUUUCAAGCAAUCAGCCGUGUUAUACUGGAGGCCAUCCUAAAGAAGGACACUGCUAAAGACAUAUGGGAUUCAAUGAAGAAGAAGUGCCAAGGAAGACAGUCAGUCAAUGAUUAUUUUUCAAGGAAGCUGUCCAUUGCAAACAAUAUGCAUAUUAAUGGAAAAAGAUUGGAACAUGUUGGAGUCAUUGAGAAAAUCCUUUGUUCAAUGACACGUAGAUUUGAUAAUGUGGUGUGUUCCAUUGAAAAAUCAAAUGACAUUGAUAAUCUUUCAAUUGAUGAGUUAAAAAGCUUACUAUUAGCUCAUGAGCAAAGGAUUAUUAGCUAUGUUGUGGAGGAGAAAGCCUUGAAAGUUGUUGCUCAUGAAGGAACCAUUUCUCCGGGAAGAGGAUGUGGGGGAUUUUAA